AUGCCUCCCGCGGCGAGGCCUGAUGAUGAGGCUGUAUGGCGGCUGCUCGUUAUCGACGGCUUCACAGGCCACGGCUCAUUCGAAUUACGAGAAUAUAUGAUAAAGUUCAAUAUUCUCGUAGCAUUUCUUCCGCCUCAUUCAACGCAUAUACUCCAGCCAAUGGAUAAGAAGCUUCGUGAGGCGUUGCGGAAGGGAAAUCUUACCUUUGGCCGGCGUGCCUUUGCAGGAGCUUUUCAGGAGAUCUUUAAUGAAGGCUUCACUGCCGCUCACAUCAUCUCGGGCUUCCAAAAACGGGCAUCUACCCUCCCACAGACCGACCUGCCAUAG